AUGGAGCACGUCCUUCUGGGCUGGGUGCUGCUGCUCGGCACCUGGACUGCUGCAUCGGCCGCCAGCAUUAAGAACAGCCAGAUCAAGGAGGAGGCGAUGGACAUGGCCCCCAACUCCUUUGAUGACCAGUACCAGGGCUGCAGACGCAUGAUGGAGGAUGAGCUGGAGGAGCUGAACCACACCGAGUUCAACAACAGAACCUACGCUGAGGGCUGGCGUUCUGCCACCAAAUUGUGGCAGAGCCGAUCGGGUGAUGCCACCAGCCCAGUGGUGUUGGGACGGGAUCAGGCCAUAGCUGUGCUGGCGUACACGAUGGAGGGGAAUCUGUACCGCGUCUUCAACAACGCCACGCUCACGGCUGGGAGCUCCCGGCAGCACUACCUGAGCUCCUACCCCUUCAAGACGCUGCAUUUCCUCCUGAGCAGAGCCCUGCAGACCCUGUGGGAAUCCCAGACCCAGCGAUGCCACCACGUCUACCGCGGUGUCAAUGGCACCCGAUUCACAGCACAGCAAGGCCAGGUGGUUCGCUUCGGCAAAUUCACCUCCACUUCCUUCCGCCCGGGGGUCGCUGAAUGGUUUGGCCGGCACAGAUUCUUCUUGGUGCAGACCUGCUAUGGUGCGCCCAUCAAGGACUUCUCUGCAUACCCCGAUGAGGACGAAGUCCUCAUCCCACCUGCCGAGCAGUUUGAGGUCACCUGUAUCACCAACAUGACGGAAGGAAACUUCAUCCUGCUCGAAUCCCGGGGGAUGAAGAGCAAGUACAACUGCGAGUUCGUGAAGGAGAAAAGGUGCAAGGAGCGGCCGUGUGCUUUCAGUGCAGGCAGGAGCAGCCCCAUGGAACCCCCACACCUCUGCGUGCUCCUCCUGGCAGUCGCAGCCCUGGCAGCCCUGGGGGAGCCCUGAGCUGCACCCCGCACUGCUGCCAUCCCUUGGAUCCAAACUCCUCUCCGUGACAUUCCCAUCAGCCCUGCUGGCCCCACGUCCUGCUCGAGCUUCUCACCAAAGCUUGUGCCACUGCCGCGACGGCUGCUGAAGACUGAGCAGAUCUUUGCUUGCGGGUCCCGCCGUGCUCACCUCCACGGUGAGGUCACCUCCAAGCACCAAGCUGAGCUGCACGACCACACUGCCUUGCCCCCUCCCUGGAACGCAGCCCAUGGGACCUGCACAGCAGGGUGUAGAGCAGCUCCCUACCCCUGCUACUCGCUACCCCCCCACUGCGGUCCCACUCCCCCCCUUCCCCUGCAGACCCCCGUGGCUUUGCAGAGCUCUAAGUUCCUCCAGCUCCCCGUGCUCCCAAAUAUCCACAAGUUCCCCAACAGCAGAGAUGUUCCCUGCAUGAGAGCCCUGCUGGCAGCCUGCACCCUCCUCGAGUUUCAAGUUGCAGGUGCUGUUUUUGCACUGGGAGUGGAGAUGGACAAAGGCUUUUCCCUUACUUUUUUAUGGUGACCUCCGUGGUCUCAAAGGGUGCAAAGAGGACUUCUCUGUCCUCAUCAGGGUGGAAGGAGGAGUCUUGGAUGGGGACAGCAUGGCAGGGCUCCACGCAGAAGAAGGUGUCCAGGCCAAAGGACUCAUCGACCUUCUUCUGGAGGCUGGAGGAGGGGAACUGGACAACGUGGACCAUUGCUGUGCCAUGAAGUGGGUGUUCCUGAUGCUGGAGUAGAUGUGGUGGCAGCGUUGGGCUGGGAUUCCCACAAGGUCUGGCUCAGGAGGACGUGCGGUGUCUUGGAGAGGAAGGGAAACCCACAUUGGCCCUUUUGGUGCCCGAUGUGGGAUCUGGAGGGCUGAGAUAAGGGCAGAGCUGGCCAGGACCUGUUUGAGCAGUCAGAAAUCCUCAUCCCACCCUUUGAGUACGUUCAGGUCACCAACUUCAGCUACGUCAAAAGCAGAGCCCUCAUCCAUCUCCGUUCCCAGGAGAAGAGCAGCACCUCCAACUGCGAGCUUGUGAAGGCUCAGGGCUGCUGGUGGGGUGGCCAACAGGGGCUGGGGCACAGCCCCGGGCAGCUCUGUGCUCCCUGCGCUCUUCCAGCCACGGCUGGAGGGGAUCAGGGGACAGAUUGUGUGGCCCCAUCCCCCUGGCGACAUCAUCGUGGAGUCAUGGAAAGGUUUGGGUUGGAACGGACCCUAAAACCCAUCCAAUCCCCACCCCUGCCGUGAGCUGGGUGCCCCCACCUGCUCAGGCUGCCCAGGAUCCCAUCCAUGACCAUGGGCACCUCCAGGGAUGGGGCACCCAUGGCUUCCUUAAGCACCCUGCUCCAGGGCCUCACCACAGGGCCUCUGAGUGAAGAUUUUCCCACUAACAUCUAAUCCAAAUCUCCCUUUUUAGAAAUAUUUUGAACCAUUCCCCUUGUCCUAUCAAACUCGGUGCAUGUUAAAGGGCGGACUCUCACCAUAAGCUGUCUUUAAUUAACGGAAAUUCACAAUUAGGUCUCAUCAUAAAAUCACCAAAUAGUCCAAGCUGGAAGGGACCAAUAACAAUCACCAAGUCCUUUGAGUUCCUUAUCCCAAGGGGAUUAAUUCUCUUUUUUUUUAUUUCCUCCUUUUCUGACUUUCAGUUCUUGACACAUUAAUGGCUCAUGAGCUUACAUCAACUCGCUUUGCAGUUCUGUUACAUUACCAAGAACAUUCAGUAUUUGGAGAAUCGUAGAAUAGUAGAAUUGUAGAAACAUAGAAACAUAGAAUUGUAGAAACAUAGA